AUGAUGAAGCGAUGGGGCCACAAGGAAGGUCAAGGCAUCGGUGCGCGUGGCGAUGGCAUUGUCCACGCCCUGAGCGCCGAGCACGUCGCCGUCGGCAAUGACCCAAACAAGCCGCUGUCUAAGCGCGCGCUGGCCAAGCAAAGAGCGGCCAAGGCGAACGCGAAGAACAGGAAAUGGGUACAGGCCGCGACGUCACGCGGUCGCAUCAUCAACGCAAACGAGGACGAAAGGCUGCGGCAAGAGCGCGAGCGGCUCGGCGAGUCGAGUCGCAUCGUGUGCCUCACGGGGCUCGUGGCGGGCCCUGACGAUGUCGACGAGGAGCUUAGUGAUGAGAUUGGCGAGGAGUGCUCCAAUCACGGCAUUGUCGAGCGAGUCGUCCUCCACAUGGUCGAGCCGCCACCCGAGGACCCGGCCGACUGCCUGCGCGUAUUUGUUGUCUUCUCGGGCAUGGCUGGCGCGUGGCGUGCCACUAAAGAGCUCGACGACCGGUUCUUUGGCGGGAGGAAGAUCGUGGCCGGGACGUUGGCUUCGGUGCGCCGCGUGCCGCGGGAAGACAUCUUCGAGGAGCUCGACCUGUCGGGCGAAGCGCUCGUGCGCGAACGCGAGCGCGAGCGCGACCCGCAGCCAGUCUUCGAGCGGCGGGUACCCCGCCCGUCGUCUGAGCAACAGCGCGAGCGGCCGACGUCGCACACGUCGGUGCGGCGCGUGGUGGAGACUGCGCCGUCGUCGUCGCGCGCGAACUCGUCCCUCUCGACGCGGCGGGAGCGCGAGUACGGCCACGGGCACGCGCACGCGCGCUCGCGCGACUCGCGCGACGGCAAAGUCGUGGAGCGCAACGUCGACAUCGAGGUCGUCGUGCGCAACGACGUCGCGGCACCCGACACGCCGCAGCCCGCCGCGGAGCGCAAGCUCCUCGAAGGCGUCCCCCUCGACGUGCAGGAGGCGUGGAUAUGCGAGGACAUGCUCUUCGUCCUCCAGGGCGUGGAGGGCUCGCUUAUCCGCUAUGCGGACGACUAUGACCCCCUCGACGCGGACCAGCGGCUGCGCGGCGCGCGGUGGCGGAUCGACCCGAGCCUGGACCCGUCGUUGUUGAGUUUGAUCAACCGCCUGCUUCCCCUCGCGACGUUCUUCACGUCCGUCGAGGCGUCGAUCGAGCUCAGGAAUGGCGCAGAGUUCGGCAUGGUCAGCCAUGCGCUCGGGAGCGGAAUCCGGGGCAUGCUCAAGGAAUACCGCGUCCUCACGGCGCAGCUCGAGUCGCUCUUCCUCACCUCGGCAACGUUCACCCUCCAGACGCUCUACUUCCACCUCCACCCGACGCUGCACACCAUGUCGCUGCUGUCGUCGCUGUGCCUCGCGCUCGAGGCGGACGAGACGGCUCCGGGCGACGCGUCUGAUCUGUCAGAUGACGACGACGACGAGCUGGGCGGUAAAGCUGAAGAGCUCGGACUCGGCGGCGCAGGGCUCAAGGGGUUGAUGAAGAACAUACGCGCGCAGAAGGGGCUCUCGGCGUCUGGGCCUGUCGUUGGCGGCGAGGUGCUUGGCAUUAUCUGCGAGCGCGAGGCGACGAUGAGCGGCGACCCAACAGCAACUACACUGCAUUCGCAGUUGCUGGUGCACGCGUCCCAGCCCUACUGCCGCAUGCUGCUGAGAUGGAUCCAGACGGGCUACCUGUCUGACCCGUUCGAAGAGUUCAUGGUCAAGGAGAGUGGCUACAUCAACAAGGGCGUGCUGGAAAGCGACUAUACAGACGAGUACUGGGACAGGCGAUACACGCUCCGGGACGGAUCGUCGCUCGCAGCGGUUAAAGGGCCCUCGCUCACGUCCGCAGUGCCCCCACCACGAGCAGGUACGAACCGCUUGCCUGGCGGCGCGUGCAUCCUGUCGUUCCUUCAGCCGUGGAAGCACAAGAUCCUCCUCGCGGGCAAGUACCUCAACGUCAUGCGCGAGUGUGGCAUCGAGGUCAAGAAGCCUGGCGAGGUGGACACGGACGGCGACAAGGAUGUCGUCAUGAACGAGACCAAAUUCUACAAGCGGAUUGAAGACGCGUACAUCUACGCAAAUCAGAGCUUGUUGAGACUGCUCGUCGAGGAGCAGGAGCUCAUCCCGCAUCUCCGCUCCCUAAAACACUUCUUCUUCGCCGAUCAGUCCGACUUCCUCACAAACUUCCUUGAUCUCGCAAGCGCAGACCUCACCCGCAAGCCCGCCAAAUCAGUGUCAAUACAAAAGUUGCAAUCCCUGCUCGACCUGGCUGUCCGCAACCCUGCAUCGUCGAGCUCAAACGACCCGUACAAGGACAACCUCAAGGUCACGAUGGCGAGCCAGAACCUGUACGACUGGCUCCUGAAGAUUGUCUCGCACCAUGGCAGCAUGAAUGAGGGUGGCGACAUUGACUUUGGCAUGGACUUUGCCCCCGACGCUACCCCAAAGAAGGACGGCGACACGCUCGUCGGCAUCGACGCACUAGCGUUCGACUACACUGUCAAGUUCCCCCUCUCGCUCGUCAUCUCCCGCAAGGCCAUCACGCGGUACCAGCUCAUCUUCCGCUUCCUUGUCCACCUCCACCACCUCGAGUCGGCACUGUCAGCCAUGUGGCUCGAGCACAAGGCCCCAAUGUGGCGCGACUCGACCGGCAACGCCGACAUGGACCAGUGGAAGGCGCGCGUGUUCGCCCUCCGCGCCCGUAUGCUCGGGUUUGUGCGCCAGAUUCUCGCAUACGCCACGGGCGAGGUGCUCGAGACCAACUGGCGUGCCCUCGAGGCCAAGCUUGCCAACGUUGGCACCGUCGACCAGCUCAUGCGCGACCAUGUCGACUUCCUAGACACCUGCCUCAAGCAGUGCAUGCUCACCAACUCCAAGUUACUCUCGGUCUACUCCAAGCUCAUGAAGACAAUGUCGGCAUUCGUCUCGUACCAGGACUCGUUCAACAAGGUCCUGCAACGUUUCCGAGCCGACCCGCUCACCGAGUCGGACGCAGCCAAGGCCGCGCACCGGUGGAACGUCAUCAACAAGUUUGAGAUCAACUACAACCACCACAGCAAUCUCCACCUCGACGCCGUGACCUACAAUGCCGGCUCUGAAAACGUCGUCUUGUUGGCGCUCGUGACACGGCUGCAUCAAACGACACUGAGAUCUUAGCCACUUGCUAACCACAUGUCACGACUCCCCCUGUACAACUAGCCCAACCGACCUUAUAGUAGUAGAUGCA